UACAUCUUUGAUAUUAGUUGAAACCAUGGGAGCGGCAUUGGCAAGGGCAGCUCAGUGGACUGCUGCUGGUUCUGGAACUGGCACACUCGAAAUCACCCCUUUGAAUGAAUCUCUUUUAAAUCAAAUUAUUAAGUUUGCGGAGGACUUCAGCACUAGACAUCCUCGAGAAGCAGCAUUUGUCUUCAGAGAGCCCCUUGAGUGGAAAACGCAGUUGGGCUGCUCAGUAUUUGGAGAGGGUUAUGAGAUCAAUGGAGCAACAGUUCAGUCUGAAGCCAAAGGUAAAGAUGGCCAACCAUUGCUUCUCCUCAUGGCAUCAACUCUCAGAGUUCGCAGUUUUGACCAGCUGUCCAGCUUGCUACAAAUUUCUAUGGAAAAAAAGUUAAAGGAAGCACAGGCAUGCCUUGAAGCUAACAGAGAUCCUAUAGUGAAAAUUCUUGGCCCUGAAUAUGGGACUGUUGAAGGAGAAGAUAUGUCCAUGUUGUAUUUACUUGACAAAGUGAAAAAAGAUGAUGACCCUGAAACAGAGCUGAAAAUGAAAAUCUUUCUUCUUCUUCAUCAGCUGGAUUUGCAACUGCUUAAUAGUUCUUUGAAACACAUUUCAGAAGACAUUAGACUAAAUCCAGCUGCUAUAAAUAAUGAAGUGAAUCUUCUCAAGAAUUUCUCUGGGAAAGGAGAAGAUACAGUACUGGAAUCACUGGAAUAUACAUCAGAUUACACAUUCUCUAAUGGCUGCCGAGCUCCUCCCUGGAGACAAGUGCAUGGAGAAAUUUGUUACUUAGUCAUCAAACCACAUGACACCGAUCCUUUGUAUAUCACUUGCAGCACAGCAGGAGUGUUUUUAAAUGGAGGUGAGCUAAAGGGUAAAGAUGACAUUGACUACGAAAGAAAAAGUGAUGUAUAUAAAGAUAUUGUCACAUUUUUAAGGGAGAGAUCACCUAGAUUUGUAGAAAAUAUGGCUAAACAGGAAUAUAAUUUUUUAAAAGAACCAACAUAUGAGAAAAAUUAUCAGCGUAUGGAAGUAGUUGAUGCUAAGGUCUCUGGCCAAUCCCAGAACCUUUAUGAUUUUACAGAAAAGAAUAUAGCUGCUAUUGGUCAUGGUUGGAGAUGUAAAACAUUGGGCAGGUUUGAAGACGUUAGUGAAAGUUCCUCAGAGACUGAGGAAGAUGAAGAGCAGCCUGUACGUCGUCAGGAAGGAAACACCGAUUUGCCAUCAGAAUACUGGGGAAUUCAGAAACUUGCAAAAUAUUUAAAGGGAGGUAAUCCAACAGCUACUGUAAUUGCAUUGUGUUCAAUGAGAGAUUUCAAUCUGGCUCAAGAAACUUGUCAGCUGGCCAUCAGAGACAUUGGAUGUCUUGAAGUGUUAAUUAAUUUACUAGAUACAGAAGAAAUUAAAUGUCAGAUUGGUUCAUUAAAAAUCCUGAAGGAAAUUAGUCAAAAUACACUGAUCAGACAUGCAAUUGCAGAUCUUGGGGGCUUACAGAUCAUGGUGAAAAUACUGGACUCUCCAGAUAAAGAUCUAAAAUGUUUGGCAGCUGAAACAAUUGCUAAUGUUGCUCGAUUUAAACGAGCGCGAAGGACAGUAAGGCAGCAUGGAGGAAUCAAGAGAUUGGUUGGGCUGUUGGAAUGUAUUUCAACGGGAUCAACCAGUCUAACACCAUAUCAAGCAAAAGAUACUGAAAUAGCACGCUGUGGGGCUUUGGCACUCUGGAGCUGCAGCAAAAGCAUCAAAAAUAAAGAAGCAAUCCGUAAAGCUGGUGGCAUUCCAUUAUUAGCUAGAUGGCUCAAAUGUUCACAUGCAAACAUCUUAACCCCAGUAGUGGGGACACUACAAGAAUGUGCCUCAGAGCCAAGUUACAGACUUGCAAUAAGGACAGAAGGAAUGAUUGAGAACCUUGUAAAAAAUCUGAGUAGUGAACAUGAGGAGCUUCAGAUGCAUUGUGCAAGUGCCAUAUUUAAGUGUGCAGAAGAUAAAGAAACGCGGGACCUGGUUAGACAACAUGGAGGUCUACAACCGCUAUCUGUUCUGCUUGGUAACUCUGAAAACAAACAACUUUUAGGAGCUGUGACAGGAGCAAUCUGGAAAUGUGCAAUGAGUGGAGAAAAUGUGUCAAAAUUUCGCGAAUAUAAAGCCAUAGAAGCUUUGGUAGGACUGCUCACUGACCAGCCUGAAGGGGUUCUUGUAAAUAUUGUCGGAGCACUGGGAGAAUGUUGCCAAGAGCCAAUAAAUCGAACUAUUAUCCGUAAAUGUGGUGGAAUACCACCUCUAGUGAAGUUACUUGCUGGAACUGAUCAGGCACUACUUGUGAAUGUCACCAAAGCAGUGGGAGCUUGUGCAACAGAACCUGAAAAUAUGAUGAUAAUUGACCGUCUAGAUGGAGUUCGUUUGUUAUGGUCAUUGUUGAAAAAUCCUAAUCCAGAUGUUCAAGCAAGUGCAGCUUGGGCUAUUUGUCCUUGCAUUGAAAAUGCUAAGGAUGCUGGGGAAAUGGUUCGAUCCUUUGUUGGUGGCUUGGAGCUGAUAGUCAAUUUGCUAAAAUCAAAGAAUAAGGAAGUUUUAGCAAGUGUAUGUGCAGCCAUUACAAAUAUAGCUAAAGAUGAAGAAAAUCUAGCUGUUAUAACAGAUCAUGGAGUCGUCCCUCUGUUGUCCAAACUAGCAAACACAAAGAAUGACAAAUUAAGACGUCACUUAGCAGAGGCCAUUUCCCACUGUUGCAUGUGGGGGAGCAAUAGAGUUACCUUUGGAGAAACCAAGGCUAUAGCUCCUUUAGUACGUUACUUGAAGUCAAAUGAUCCAUCAGUUCAUAGAGCUACAGCUCAGGCUUUAUAUCAACUUUCAGAGGAUGCAAACAACUGUAUCACCAUGCAUGAAAAUGGAGUGGUGAAGCUCCUACUGGCUAUGGUAGGCUCUACAGAUGAAAUUCUGCAGGAGGCAGCAGCUGGUUGCAUAGCAAACAUUCGCAGAUUGGCUCUAGCGACAGAAAAAGCAAAGUAUGGCUGA